GUUAUGGAGUGAAUACGACAUGUAGGCGUGCCUACGGCGAUCGUCAACAAAAGAGAGAAAAUAAAGGAGGAACAGAAGAAAGCUCGGAAGGAAAAACAGCUGAGAGGAGACGGCAGUUAUGAGGGUUUAACAGGCAAAAACAGAGAUAAAAACCCUUGGAGAAGUUCUUCCAGAGCCAGCGGAGAUGGAUGCUGUCAGGCUGAAGAAGGAGCUGAAGCUCAACUAUGAGCAGGAGGCGAAUUAUCUCCCCAAAGAGGCCGGGCUGAAGCUUAUCGAGUCUGCGGUGGAGGGGGGCAGUCGGAUCUCGGCCAAGUGCAGAGAUGCCAAAGUGGAAGAUCUGUGGAGCCUGACGAGCUUCUUCGGCUACAGCACGCAGACCUUCGUCCUGGCUGUUAACCUACUGGACAGAUUCCUGGCCAUGAUAAAGGUCCAGCCCAAGCACCUUGCCUGCGUCAGCCUCAGCUGCCUCCACAUGGCGGCCAAGGUGACGGAGGAGGAGUGCAACCUGACGCCCACCGAUGAGCUCAUCCGGAUUGGACAGUGCCGGUUCACUGUGUCCGAUCUCUGCCGCAUGGAGAAGAUCAUCGCCGACAAGCUCCACUUCAAGUCCAAAGCGGUCACUGCCUUAACCUUUCUACACCUGUACCUCCAGAUCGCACUUUCCCACGCCACCGACAGGAAGGAGAUUCUGAAUCCGGAGAAGCUGGAGGCUCAGCUCAAAGCCUGUCUGUGCCGGAUCUCCUUCUCCAGAGCAAAGCCGUCCGUCCUGGCCCUGUCUCUCCUGAAGCAGGAGAUCAAAGCCGUCCAGCCCGAGGACAUGUUGGAGAUCGCCUCCCACAUCCAGAGACACCUGAAGAUUCCUGAAGGAGAGUUGGUGCUGUGGAGCGAGCGCGUGGCCCGGUGUCUGUCGGACUACGCCUCGCCCGAGUGUAGCAAACCCAACCACAGGAAGCUGCAGUGGAUCGUGUCCCGGCGGACUGCCCAGACCCUGCACAGCCACCGCAGCGUCCCCGAGCUGCCCACCAUCCCAGAAGACUGCUGGGACGAGAGUGAGAGUGAGGACUCGUGCGAGGACCUGAUGAGUUCAGGGGAGGAGUCUCUGAGCAGCUCUCUGGGCAGCGACGCUGAAGGUCCCUUCUUCCCGCUGCAUCUCUGUCUGCAGAAGCACCGCCCGUACUUCUCCACCUGAAGCCGCCGUCCUCCUCUCACCUUCCCAAAGCCCCACCCCCUCCCCUUAUUUAUGGUCCCAUGAGCCCUGGCGGCGACGUGCACAACAGCUGAGCAGUCCUGAAAGACUCAGCAGCUGUUAAAUGUUAGUUAAGAGAUUCGUUUGGUGCAUCAAGCCUGUCACAUUCCAGGAUCCAGGAUGAAGCGCAGCUCCGGAUUAACCCGGGUCCUCUGGGUGCUGAGCGGACGCCGCUGCUGAUCCUCGCGUUGGUCCAGGCUGCUGCAGCGCGGACUGUUUGCCAAAAUGUUGUUUUUAUGGAACAGAAAGUUUGUGAUAUUGACUGUUAGACUGUUGAUGCGUGCAAACGAGCAGCAGUUUGAACUUCUUCUGUUCCAUCAGGACAAAAGCCGCGUUGUGAAGAACGGUGGUGCCGUGAACGGUCCAUCCCGUCCUCCAUCACUUUAGGUAACCGCGCUGAAACGCCGCCCAGCUCUCCUCUGGCUUUUUAUCCCUGUAGUAAAAUUUUAUUUGCACAAAUUUUAAGUUUAAAGUCUUUGAAAGUGUUAAAUGUUGGAGCCCGUUUGCCUUCCGUGUGUUUUUGUGAACGUGUGACUUUUAGGUUUUCUUUCUAAGUUGCCAAUUAGACACCGUAGCGUAAUCUCAGCUUUAGAGGAGUUAGGAAACGUCAGGAUGUCUUUAGUGUGUCGGAAAAUAAAAAAAUGUUAAUAUUAAAACAUGUAAAACUGUAAAUGAUGUACAAAAAAAAGCUGUUAAUAAUUCUUUGUAGAUACUAAGUUAUUUAUUCUUUUGUCACUUGUACUGAAAACAAAAAUCAUAAAAUUUAUUUUUAAUCA